ACAGAGGGAUUAUUCCUCCAGCAGCCUCCUCCUCCUCCUCUCUGUCCGACGAUGCGGACUUCAACCAAGGAUUAAUCAUUUCUUCAUCAUCUCCUCCUCUUCAUCCGCAGGAAGGACAAACAGAACCAGAGAGAAGUCCCACUCCUGCCGUCAGACCCUCCAGUCCAGGUCCAGACCACCCCCCCACCCCCACCCCAGGUCCUGACGGCUCCAGGACCACUCCUCAAAGGUUCUUCCAGAAAGGUUCUGGACAGCUCCAUAAGCCUGGCGGCCUUGGACCUUCAUGCGUCUGUUAGCGUCAGAGUCCUGUCAUACCUCCACCCACCACACCACCACCUCCACCAUGAGUUGUGAGCAGGAGUUUGGAGACGGGGCCAUGGGGGUCACGCUGACGCUGCGCCUCCUCAUGCACGGAAAGGAAGUUGGGAGCAUCAUUGGAAAGAAAGGAGAAACUGUGAAGAGAAUACGAGAAGAGAGCAGCGCCAGGAUCAACAUCUCUGAGGGCUCCUGUCCUGAGAGGAUCAUCACCAUCACCGGACCCACCGACUGUGUGUUCAGAGCCUUCACCAUGAUCACCUUCAAGCUGGAGGAGGACCUGUCCAUCUUGGUGGCCAGCGGCACGGUGAGCAGCAAACCUCCGGUCACGCUGCGGCUGGUCAUCCCCGCCAGCCAGUGUGGCUCUCUGAUCGGGAAGGGCGGCUCCAAGAUCAAAGAGAUCAGAGAGACGACAGGUGCACAGGUGCAGGUAGCAGGUGACCUUCUUCCCAACUCCACAGAGAGGGAGGUGACGAUAUCAGGAGGACAGGACGCCAUCAUCCAGUGUGUCAAACUCAUCUGUACCGUCAUCCUGGAGUCUCCACCGAAGGGAGCCACCAUCCCGUACCGACCCAGUCCCAGCCCGGGAACCGUGCUGCUGGCAGGAAACCAGGUGUUCGAGGCGUCAGACUUCAGCUCCCACCCUCUGUUCUCUGUGGCUCAGGGUGGAGUGGACCUGCAGCAGACGUACGCUGUCCAGAGUCAUUACGGCAUUCCACACUCAGAGUUGGCGAAGCUUCACCAGCUGUCGAUGCAGCAGCAGAGCCUGGCCUCCAUCAGCCAGUCGGCCACACAGGUGCUGCCAGCAGCCGUGGAGGCCAACUCCCAAACCACGUCUCAGGAGCUCCUCAUUCCAAACGAUUUUAGAGACCGCCAAAUCCACUGCCCAGUCCUCCUCCAUGCCGUCUCCCGUUGACCUGACCAUGAGCUUCACCCAGCCCGCACCCCCUGCCUCCGCCUCGUCCUCCUCCUCCUCCCCCCUGGCAGCGAUGGGUGCCACGCUGCCCCAUGCUCCAAUCCUGGGCGCCCCCUACGCCCUCCCCCUCUCCAGCCUCCUGGGGAUGAAAUCCAUCCCCUACCUGGCUCUCUCCACCCCUCCCGCCUCAGCAGCAGCAGCAGCAGCUGCAGCGGCGGCGGCGGCCGCCGCCAUCGGGGCGCCGGUGCUACCAAGCGCCGUGUCCACGGCGGCCACGGUUCCUGUCCCGACCCACGCGGCGGUGGCGCUGGCCUCCUACACGGCCAAGAUCUCCUCUUCAGCCAACGGGAUGAAGAAGCCCGAGAGGCAGAAGUUUGCUCCGUACUGACGGAGCAGGAGGUGCGUGUGUGACAUCACUCCUGGGCGGAGCCUCGGACUGCAGCAGAUUUUCUUUUCCACUCUCUGAACUCUGUCGUCCUCCAUCUUUUCUUCCUGCUGCUAACAGAACCAACACUGUGGGACUGUGCAUGGUUUUACAGAAGAUAUGUAGGAGUCAAACGUGCACAACUGUCAGCAAAUAUACACGACCAACUUCUGUUUUAACUCCGUCUGGUUUUACUGUGACGUCAUUUUAACGCAGUUAUUUAUUUAAAAAAAGGCGGAGCUUCGUAGAAACUGAUCAGGAUUUAGUCACAUAAAGUCAUCCAGGCUGAUUAAUUCUCCUCACAGCAUGAAGGAAGGUUAAAAACAUGACAAUCAUCAUAAAGCUGCAAUGGUUACACUCAGGGUCAUUGAGUCUGCUUUACUCUUCCUGUCAUUUUAAUCCAAGCAGAACUGCAAAAGAUUCAGAUUAAUGCAGAAAAAAGAGCAUUCCUCCACAUUCAGACCAAUCGUUUGAUGCUUCUCAGCUCUGUGGGGUUUCUGGGACUCAGUCUGUAGGAAAAAACCAGAAGACCCUGCUGGACCCUCGUCUGGUUUCAGGACUAAAGUUCUGUUGAUUCUUUGAUUCUCUGUAUUAAAAACGCUGUAAAACCCAAACUGUGCCACCAGGUGGCGACAGAGAAGCAUCAACAGUCUGACGUCAGAAUCAGGAUCCUGAUUAUUAGAAGGAUUAAUGAUGUUUUAUUGCUUCAAAACAACAUUUUUAUCAGAUUCAGUUUAAGAGACGAUGAUGAUUUAAGAAGUGGAACAAAGAGAAAAAGAUUUAAACUUUCUAAUUAAACACUGUUUAAGUGCAAAGUUUGACUAAUAACAGAGAAAAUGUCUGCAGCAUCAGUCCCACGUCUCUGUCCUGGUCCCCUGCUGUCUCUCAGUCCUGGUCUAUCCCAGGGUCCGGGGUUUGGGGGUUUGGAGCCACACACACUUGAGGUUGUUGGACCUCAGCCUGUAAAAGCCAUAGAGACGUUCAGCCGGUCCUUUCCUCGUCUCUGUCCCUCUCUCUAUCUUGUAUAUUGAUAUAUUUAUGAACUCUUCUGAAAUGUUCAGUUCCUCUCACUAACACUGUAAACUCUCUGCUUCCUGUCUUUCACUGUUUCCUGUAGAGGUCUUUGAAACACGCAGACUUUAAGUCUUUGUUGAAAUGUUUUCUUUAAAUUAUUUUAACUUAUUAAGAGGAGUAUUAAAUCCUGUACGGCUGCAAGUCAAACUGUAAAACUUUGUUUUUAUGUAAGUGUGAACAAAUUACUUUCCUUUUUAAAAAAAAGAAAGCGGUCACUGUACCAUUUAUGCAAAUCUGAA